CAAAAGCUCUUUGCAAGCAAGCAGCGUGAAAAGCCGAUCUGUUCUCUCCAGUUUGUAGAAGUGUUGGAACGAAGGGAGCGAAACGAAAGCAGUUUACUGGUGUCUUGUCGAGCCACAGGUUUUUGAUCUUGUCUCAUUGGAACACUUGGAGGCGUUAGCACCUUUCUACUGCGACCUUGUGGCGUCUGACGAUCGUUGUCCUUAGCCGCGCGAUCGCCAAGUGAAACGAUGUCGUCCGGAAAGCAGGACGACUAUCGUCACAGCUUCGCUGCGACGUCGCCGAACGGGAGUCUUGUUCGGAUGCCGCCGACAUCGGAUGUUUUCUCGCCGCCGCAGCACCAGCAUCACCCCCAUCCGCAACAACAGCACAGUCACGAUACCUCUCCCACUAGUCUACCAGCUCAUCCCAUUGCCGACAAUCACGAAUGGUGGUCACCCAACGGCAGUAGCGGCAAUGGCUACCGACCUGCGCGUGGUCAUUCCGGAGAUAAUCGUCGCUUCUAUCCGUACCCAAUGCCGUCCCGCUCGCACACCGCCUCGCCACCUUACUCAGCAGGAUCACAACACAAUUCUCAACAGUUGGCUCAGCAACACGGUGCAACACGAGGAGCCUAUUCGGAGUAUCAGCAUGGAUAUCCCAAUACGGUACAGUGCAGUCAUUCAGGCAGCUUGCCGUCGAUGCCCGAACUAACGCCGUCGUCGACAGCCACCGUUCGUCCCACUCCAGACAACGUCGCUUCGUCUGGUCCGCUCCCCUUCGAUAAGGAGCAGAUUCUGGCGCAGUCCUCGUCGCGUGCAUCGUUCCUGACACCACCGAACAGCGCACCGCCUUGCAACAACGGCCAGGGCGGUACAGCUGACGAUCGAGCCACGCCGACUAGCAGCCAGCCCAGUAUGUUGUCGCACAGCAGUAGCACACAUUUGGACGCAGCCAGUCACCAACACCAACACUCACAACAGCAGCAACACGUCACCCAUCCACACCACCAUCAACACCACCAGCACUACCAUCCGUCGUCGUCUUCUGCUGCGCCUAUCCCGCCUGGUCCCAGCACGACCGGCGGUUCAGCUGCAGCUACUGGUGGCGGUCACUUCAGUGGCCUGGAUGGCAACUCCGACAAUGACUCGGGCCAUGGGGACUCUCCCUACACCAACGUGCUACGUCAGUCGCAGUCACAGUUGCAUGACAAUCCCGACUCUCCAGAUGACAGUGCCUCGGGCGAUGGGGAUCUGGACAACGCAGAUAACUGUUCGGCAGAGUUCACAACAGGCAGCGGGAAGAAGCUCAAGCUGAGCGAUGAGUUUGCUCGCGUUCCUGGCCGCCUGUCUUUGUUGGGUGCGGCAAGUAAAUACGUGGUAACAGUCGGUGAGAUCAAGCGACGUUUGUCACCACCGGAAUGCCUCAAUGCCUCUCUCCUAGGCGGUGUGCUAAGAAAAGCAAAAGCUAAGAAUGGUGGCAGCGACUUGCGUAAAGCACUGGAUGACAUUGGCGUUGCUCUGCCACCUGGACGCAGAAAGGCGACAAGCACCUCCAUGCUCACUUCCCUAGUAGAAGAGGAGGCGAAGUCUCUCGCGAACCAGUUCAACGAGGUGUGUGCCACAAUGUUCCCCAUUGCUGAGAUGGCCAACACAGUGGCUCAACAACACGAGUACCAUCAGAGAGGAGGUGGCAUGCAUGGCUUCCGGGACCAUCGGCAGCGGGACAUACACGCAGCCCUGUCAUUGACAAAUGAACUGCGCGAAAUCCUCGACCAUUACAUCAAUCUUGAAGAUAAUCAAAACAAGGACAUGGACCGCCUGCCUCUGACCGGUCUGCGGCAGUUCAGCUUGAUCACACACUCGUUUGGUGUUCCGACAAUCAGCGGCGUUCUUACGCUUUUCCAGAACUACCUCACCACGCUGCUGAAGUGCACCGGCGGAAUCCCGGUGCGCGACGACCAUGCCCUGCAUCGCGGACAGAUGAGAUAAGGCCUGCCGUGACUGUGCAUUGCCUGCUGUGGUCACUGCAGCAGGUUGAGCUGAGCAAGAACGAGGUCUGCGCCUCCUUCUAUUUUCGUUCCCCGUUUUGUGAAGUCCAAGUACUUGAUUCCAAUUUCCCUUGGCUUAGGGUGUGUUUUGUGGAUAUGGUUGAUGUGCUCAGUGAUUCUAAUCUCACCCACCAUGAUGACAGCGAGCUCCGUGCUUUUGUUCUUUCCCAGUUUCUUGUUUUUGAACCUCAUUUACGACCUAUUCUCUUUACCCUCUUUCUUUCGGCAUGUACAUGUAUUCUGCUUCCGUCCGAUUUACAAAGAUUGAUCAGCAUGUACAAGAGAUCAUGCUAGAGUGUUUUUGGUCAUUUGCUUAUGCAUGUUUGAUAUAACCCUCAGACUAUGAAAAACACUGAUGACAACGAGCCAUAUUCUUCUUCCCUUCAAGGUUCACGCCAUCCUAAUUAUCGAUAUAAAAGGCACCAUUUUAUCUGUAAAGUUUCGUUUCCAACCUUUUUCUUGGCUUACUUUUUUGAGAGGAUUUUUACAAAGACGA